AUGAGUCUGUCUCAGCGGAGAAUCGCCUUCAUCGCAGGCUCACUCUUAAUGUUGGUGUCUGUGUGUUACAGUAAAGUGUAUUGUAAAGAGGGUCACAGUGGCCCAACCUACGAGUCCCUGCAGGCAGUCUUUAACCUACAAGCAUUCAGGCCAGCGGUAAACCUCAGCAAUCCCACCAUAGCCAACAUCUCCUUCACGCUGUAUGCUGUGCUCGGUGUGAAUGAGAAAACACAGAUACUUACUACUUUCUUGUGGCUGAGACUGUACUGGCGCCAUGAGUUCCUGGUUUGGGACCCUGAUGAGUGCGACGGUCUCACCAAGAUUUCUCUCCCCGUAAAGGAGCUCUGGUCUCCGGACAUCAUUGUUUAUGAGUUUGUGGAUGACGAUGUCUCGCAGGCGUGUCCUUACGUCUACGUUAACCACACAGGUCACAUCCGCUGGGAUAGGAUGCUGCGGCUCGUCUCGGCCUGCAACCUGGAGAUCUUCAGUUUUCCUUUUGAUGUGCAGAACUGCACAUUUACGUUUGGCUCUUACAUGCACACGAUACGGGAUGUGAGGGUCAGUCCAGCUCUUACCUUCAGGGAGAUGUCUCAAAACUCCAAACGUUACCUGGAGGCCAGUGGCGAGUGGGAGCUGGUGGACAUACUGGGAGAGACCUCCAUUCUUAAGUUUGGAAUCGACGAAUGGGACAUCAUCACCUUCUGGGUGGUCAUAAAGCGGCGCCCAGUGCUCUACGUGGUCAACCUGCUGAUCCCGAGCUCUUUCCUCAUGCUCAUUGACAUUCUGUCCUUCUACCUGCCCCCCCACAGCGUCGACCGCGCCUCCUUCAAAAUGACCCUCAUCCUGGGAUACACAGUCUUCCUGCUCAUCAUGAAUGACCUGCUGCCCAGUACAGCAAAUGGCACUCCAAUCAUAGGUAUCUAUUUCUCUGUGUGUCUCGCCCUCAUGGUUAUCAGUCUACUGGAAACAGUCAUCAUUACUAAUGUCCUCCACCAUAACUCCUUGAAAUAUCGUGAGGUUCCAAACUGGGUUAGGGUUGUUGUCCUCAAACAUAUAGCCAACCUCAUCUGCUAUCGCUGGCCAGAAGAUGUCCAGCCACCUUCUACACUGCAGAAGGAUAAAACAGGAAGCUCCAAUGGCAGCUCUGGUCCAUGGAUCAUUCAACCUGCCACUCAAGCACCUGACCAGCGCCCAGCUAGUAACGAUACAUCUGCUCUGCCUGAACUGCAACAGAUCUGUCAGUACCUGAGCGAACUUCGUGCCCACCUCAUCUCUCUGCAGAAGGAGAGCCAGCUGUUGGAUCAGUGGUGCCAUGUAGGAUAUGUCCUUGACUUUCUGCUCUUUCGUAUCUAUCUGCUGCUCAUCAGCUGCUACGCAAUGGUUAUUAUCACAAUGUGGUGCAUCUGGAUAACUCAAUCCUAACUGGAUGUGGAUGUGAUCUAAUGGAUAAAUAAUUAGAAAACCCAAAGGCAGAACCAAACGUCUGGACAGUAACAAGGUCCUUUGUGUGUUUGCUGGUACUCCAUCUUCCUCUCAUAACCCAAAUACAUACCAGUGAUUCUAAACUGACUGCAGAUGUGAGAUAGAUAAUAGUACUUAAAGUGUAUAAAUGUACAAUUAAAUGUGGCUUGUGCUUUGAGUGGUCAUUAUACGUAUAAAUGUCAAGACAUUCCAUUCACUGCUUGCUAUUUACUAUUAAUCCUGUACAGUGCUAGCUUCUUUUAAUACCAGGUAUCACGUUUUAAAGUUAACUUAAGAUAU